CGUCGGGCGACAACAAUGACCACUCGACGCCGCCAACGUGACAGCAUUUAUCGAUUUUUGGCAACCCCAGUGGAGCGCUAGGAGCACAAGUCAAGGAAAAGUCCUAGCCUCGUCGACCCAUUGGGUCGGAUUAACGGCCUUCACAUGAGCAUGCUGGGAUUUGUCUACCUGGUUCUUAUUCUGGGCUGGAUACUGAUCGUGUUGUUUCUGAAGUGCAAAAAGUCCUUAGCCGCUCCUUUUCGCUUUGGGGAAAACUACACCGAUGCUAUCGCAGAUACUGAACGUCGUCCCUCUGUCCACGUAAUCCAGCUGCAGCACGAUGAUGUGGAACGCGAAGAUCAUUAUAUGAACAACUUUCAUCGAAACACAGAGAAUCUGCAGCGAUAUUCUCAUCGCUCGCAACGCUCGACUUUGGAAGAGCGGACUAUCGAGAGAACAUAUCCCACGGAUGCCGUGAUAAAUCCUGCCUAUAUGCACGAUGAGGAUUACGUGAUCAAUGCUCCUCCGCCAUCCUAUGAGGAAGUGAUGCGCCAGCCACAAGUGUAUCCUCAGGUUCGCCACAACAACCACAAGAUCAGCGAUGCUGACAUCUAGCCAAGAUUUUUGGAUUAUUAAAAUGUAUAUAAGCGUA